GUGUGUGCGUGCGUGCGUGUGUGUGCGCGCGCGCAAGUGUGUAUCCAUCUCGACCCUCACAGCUUUCAACCUGAAUCAUAGCAGAAAGAAGAGGGUAAAAUGGACGGAGUGGGGUCUUUCGGCGCUGGAAGAGCUGGGGCUGAAUUCGACCCCUUCUCUUUUAUACAACAGCCGCAGACCAUUCUUAGGAUAUUAGCAUGGAUUUUCUCAAUGGUUGUAUUUGGCUCCAUAAUAAACGAAGGCUAUAUUAACAUCGGAAGUGAGACUCUCCAUUGUGUUUUCAACAAGAACAAUGAUGCCUGCAAUUACGCUAUCACCGUUGGGCUCAUAGCCUUUUUGGCAUGCAUCUUUUUCUUCGUCCUUGACAUGAAGUUCCAACAAAUCAGCAGUGUCAAAGAUAGGAAGAAGGCAGUCUUACUGGAGAUUGGAUUUUCAGGUCUGUGGGCAUUUCUGUGGUUUGUUGGUUUCUGUUUCUUGGUGAACCAGUGGCAGCGCACGACACCAGACGAGCUGCCACUGAACCAGGGAGCGGAUGCAGCCAGAGCUGCCAUAGCUUUCUCCUUCUUCUCCAUCUUCGCCUGGGCUGGUCUGGCAGUGAGGGCAGUGCAGAAAUAUCUUCUGGGGACGGACAUGUCUCUCUUCACCACAGAACAUCUGGAUGGCAACCAACCUAUCCAGCCAUUCCCCACCGUACCUGGCACAGAGACCACCGAUGCGUACCAGAGCCCACCUUUCACUGAGAAACCGGACUCCAACGCCCCGACUUACCAGGUGCCAAUUUACUAGAGGUGCCGAUCGGGAUCCAUGUGCAAUGUAACUGAUCUGUCAAAGGUAGUAUGAACGCAGGAAGAGGCUCUGGCCUUUCUUCAAGCUGACGUGGUGUGACAGUGUCCAUAGGUAGUGCUGUGCUGUGACCUUAUGUACAAGAGUUUGUCGGUUGUGACUUUUUUUUAUUUCACUUGGGUCUAUAUGGAUAGUUAAAACAUUAAUUUUUCAGGUUGAAUUAAAAGGGGAAAUUAAAUAAGACAUCUCUUCUAUGUAUGACAGGAUCUAUUCUGGUCCAUCUAGGUCACCAAAACAAGGAAAAGUCAGCUGUGUUUUUUUAAAAGAAAUAAAAAGGAGAACCAAAAAACAGUGUGUGAUUUCAAACAUCCAGGCUGUUUUACCGUGGGGAAAGAAAAAUAUGCAUGUGCAACAUAUUCAGAAAGCGUUUAAUUGUCAUGCAUCAAUGAUAAUAACUUGAAACUUUACACUGAGUGUUUAUGUGGAUAUAAAGUGCAAUAUUUAAAAUAUCUUACGUAUGAAAGUAGUCUUCGGAUUCUAUUCAAAAUAUGUUUACCAGUAACAACCUGCCAAAUUGUAUGUCAUAGUGCAGUCUUGCUCGGAUGGAGGCGCCGUCGUAGGUCUUCUGUGCUGAAGGUUAUCUCAAGCAAACGUGUCAAAUUCAGAGAAAGCUGUGGCAAGUUUAUGCGUCUGCAUCAAGAACGCACCGUUCAGUGUUUGUUCAAGUGUACUUUACUAGGUGUGUACACCACAGACGGUCUAUAACCAUGAAAACGGGUUUAAAUCAUACAGUUGACGCAAAAAUACAACAACUCACAUUUGCCCGCUUAAAGAGGAAAAACUUGCACACAAUAAAACUGCAAUCAUAAAAGGCCAGGAUGAAAACAAUCACACACGCUCAUGGUAAUAAAAGAAAAACCUUUUAUCUUAGGAAAAAUAAAUAAAUAAAACAUACAGCGUUGCUGAAUGGAAUGUUGGGGGAAAAAAACAUGAACUGAACAGUAGAGUUUGUAUUUAAGUUGUUAAAACACUGUUAAUGUUUAAAAUGUUUGGUGCUUCAUCUGAUACGUAGUAGGAUAUCAGUAAUGUUUCUGUGUUCUCAGAUAGGAAAGCCUACAAACUGAUUCUGACUGUAAUUCAAUACAUGACGUCAAUGGAGUAUGUUUGUGAAAGUGAUCAGGGGUUUAUGUGUUUCCUGUACCAACACUUAAAAAAAAAAAAAAAAGACCACUGCUUCUGUACCGAUUGGCUCACGUUUAUUGUGGUGACUUAAAAAAAAGAAAAAUGAAAAUGAUGUCCACUUGUACACACAAAGUAAUGUUUGCUUGUGUUUUUUUUUGUCUCUCUCUCUCUCUCUCUCUCUCUAACCCUCUCAAGUGCAUCCUACGCACAAGACGUAAAGGAUUAUAAAUACGGGCCUGAAAAUGAACGUUACAUUCUAGUGCAACCUCUGGCAUCAUAUCCCAUGUUGUAUGUUAAAUGCUGUACACAAAAGACUUACUGUUGUCAAUACAAAUGUGUUUGGACUGCAGUCUUCAUUCAAAUAAAAAAAAAAGAUAUGUUUUUUUUUUCCAUGA